CUGGCAUCCAGAUCCAGAACCCACCCCCAAAAAGGGCAAACUAUCUCCCCCCCUUUCUCCUCCUCCGUAGCUUCCUUCGCCUUCCAUUCCAUGGCCACCACAGACACCGCCCCCCGCCUCGCGCUCCUCCUCCGCCCCGCCAUGGCCUGACCUGACCUCCCCCACAACCUGCGGCCUACGAAUCGAUCGGGAGAGGGGGUUCUCCUUCCUUUCCUCGACCUGCUGCUGGUGGGUUGGUGGUUUCUGCGGGGGGAGGCGGCGAUGAGGGGAGGAGGAGGAGGAGGGAAGGAGGUGGAGGAGAGGGGGAAGGUGAUGGGCCCGCUGUUCCCGCGGCUCCACGUCAACGACGCCGCCAAGGGCGGCGGCCCGCGGGCGCCGCCCAGGAACAAGAUGGCGCUCUACGAGCAGUUCACCGUGCCGUCCCACCGCUUCAGCGGCGGAGGCGGCGCGCUCGCCUCGGCUCGGGGCAGCCUGGCGCGCUCGACGUCGGCGGCGAGCCAGAGCCAGGUAUAUGGAUGUGACAUGCCUCUUUUUGAGCCGUUCAAUGUGCCUUCCAAUGGACCUGGCCAGUCUGUUGAAAAGAUGAAUUCAAAUUCUGUCAACAGACAGAUUAAUGGUUCAAGAAAAGAUUCGGGGAUGUUAUCCACUCAGCCUAAGGGCAUUGAUAAAUAUGGUUCAGGAUCAAGGGCUGAGUGUGCCCCACAGCAAAGGGUGGAAAAGGGCAUAAAGAGUUCUUCGGGAAGGAAAUUGGCUGAUGAUGAUGAAUUCAUUGUACCUUCUGUUUUCAGUGCCAGAUUUCCUCAAUAUUCUACUAAAGAGCGUGCGGGGGUUCAAGAGGAAUCAACACCCCUUGUUGCUCUCAGUCCGCACAAAAGCCCUCCAGCAGUGUCCAAAUCACCGACAAAGUGUUAUAACACUGUUAGUAAGAACUUGGAGAGAAUCAAUGUUUCUGAUGUGAAAUCAAGGGGUUCUCAGAAAGACAAGGAGACAGGACCAGCACAAACAUUGAAAAAUGUGGAAGUUGAACAUUUUUCAUCAUUUGAGGCAUCCAAAGAUAUGUUUGGAAGCAAACAUGCUAAAGUAUGUCCUAAGACAGGCACUAUAAAUGAUUUGGAUGAGCCACAUUUGGAAAACAGCGAGCAUCAAGCGACAAGUAGAAACGGGAGUUCCGUGAAAUUUCAGAACCCUCCAGUGAGAAGAAAUACAAUAUCCGCUAAACCAUCUCCUGGUAUUGAAAAUACCAAUGGGCAUUGUAAUUUACCUCAAGGAGGCUUAAAGGAAGCUGGUACAAAGAGAAAAAGGUUGGAAGCACAGGAUAAUGCAGAGAAAAUUGAUGAUUUGUCUGAUUCCUCAGUGGAGUGUAUAACUGCUUGGGAGAUUUCUCCAGAUGAAAUUGUUGGUGCCAUUGGUGCAAAGCAUUUUUGGAAAGCAAGGCGGGCUAUCAUAAAUCAACAGAGGGUUUUUGCUGCCCAAGUUUUUGAGCUGCAUAAGUUGGUAAAAGUGCAGAAGUUGAUUGCAGCAUCGCCACAUGUACUUAUUGAAGGUGAUCCUUGCCUUGGCAAUGCCUUGUUAGCUAGCAAGAAAAAAAUGGCGGAAGAGAACUUGAAAGCUCAGCCUGUGUUAGUUGCAACCAAUGAUGAUGUGCAGCCAAGUCUACAGGAACCAGAAUUAUCGAAAGAAAAUUCUGAAGAGAACCCACCCUCUCCUCGUGAUACUGCACCUGUCAGUGGUCAUCAUGAUCAAACUGCAAAAAUCGGUGCAUCAAAAAGCAAUCUUCGAGCUACGCCCGUUGCUUCUGAUAACAGACAGAAUAACUGUGGGGUUCAACUACAACCACCGCAGAAUCAGUGGCUUAUCCCUGUCAUGUCUCCUUCAGAAGGGCUUGUCUAUAAGCCUUAUUCUGGCCCAUGUCCUCCAGCCGGAAGCAUAUUGGCCCCAUUUUAUGCCAAUUGUACUCCCCUGAGGCUCCCAUCGACAACUGGAGAUUUCAUGAAUUCAGCAUAUGGUGUUCCUAUACCUCAUCAACCACAACAUAUGGGUGCUCCUGGCACUCCUACCAUGCCUAUGAACUACUUCCCGCCUUUCAGUGUACCAGUGAUGAACCCAGUUGCACUAGCAUCUGCAGUAGAACAAGGCAGGCAUCCUUCUAUGCCACAGCCUUAUGGGAACUUGGAGCAACACUCUCGGAUGUCAUGCAACAUGUCACAUCCAAGUGGCAUUUGGAGAUUUCAUGCCUCAAGAGAUAGUGAGGCGCAAGCCAGCAGCGCUAGCAGUCCUUUUGACAGGCUCCAAUGCGGUGGAAGUGGUCCUGUGUCCGCCUUCCCUACAGCAUCAGCUCAGAACACACAGCCUCAGCCCUCAUCUGGCAGCCGGGACAACCAGACCAAUGUUAUUAGGGUCAUUCCGCAUAAUAAUUCACAAACAGCUUCAGAGUCAGCAGCACGGAUUUUCCGGUCAAUACAGAUGGAAAGGCAACAAGAUGACUCGUAGCUGGGAAACUGGCACUUAUAUGCUGGAUGGCAUUUGACUGCUUGUAAAUGUAGAGAAGAGUUUUGCCAGAUUAUGGUAAGCGCUUUUUUUGUCUUGACCAUUUAUUAGAAGUAGAUUGGAUGCUAUGAUUGAUCUUAUGUUUACUGUACAUACUUGUAGUCCCUCAAAGUCGCAAAUAGACUUCAUUUUGGGCAUCAAUAUGUUCUCUCAAAUACAACUUUGAUCACUAAUAUACAAUGUAAAAUACUUAAUAGAACUCGCUCAAUGUGUUAUACUAGGAAAGUGCUUUUUGAUGCAAAAUCGACAUGUAUGAUUUUCAUGUAUCAAAUUUAUAUAUUUAAAAAGAUGUUGACCCCAAA